AAAAAAGGGCUUAGCACUGGUGUGAAAAUUUCUAUGGUUUCCAUGUUUGGCUUACUUGGAGUAAUACUAACUUCAGUGCUUACAAUCUGCUUUCUCAAAAGGAGAAGUUUCUGGAGAAGGGGAGAUGAAAAGCUAGAAAACAUUGAAGCAUUCAUAAGGGCUAAUGAAUUUCAUGCUACCAAGCUAUAUACUUAUUCAGAUAUAAAGAAGAUGACCAAUUCAUUCAAUGACAAAAUAGGAGAAGGGGGUUUUGGUAGUGUAUACAGAGGAAAGUUACCUGAUGGAUGCCCAGUAGCUGUGAAGCUAUUGACCAACACGAAGGGUAAUGGAGAAGAUUUCAUCAAUGAAGUUGCUAGCAUUUGUCGAACUUCCCACAUGAACAUAGUUACUCUUGUAGGAUUCUCUUAUCAGAGGAAAAGAGCAUUGAUAUAUGAAUUCAUGCCGAAUGGAUCAUUAGACAAGUACAUAGACAACAAGGAAUCACCGGAUAAGAGUUGUCAGUUGGAGUGGAAGACGUUGUACCAGAUUGCAAUUGGCAUUGCCCGAGGACUAGAAUAUUUGCAUGGUGGUUGUAACACAAGAAUCAUGCACUUUGACAUUAAACCUAACAACAUUCUUUUGGACACGGAUUUCACCCCCAAAAUCUCUGAUUUCGGCCUGGCAAAACUGUGCAAGAAAAAGGAGAGCGUUGUGUCUUUAUCGGUGUAUGGUGCUAGAGGAACAGUAGGAUACAUUGCUCCAGAAGUUUUCUGCAGAAGCAUUGGAAGUGUCUCCCACAAAUCUGAUGUUUAUAGUUAUGGCAUGACUGUUAUUGACAUGGUAGGAGUAAGGGAGAAAGCAGACACGGAUCAGACUAGUGACUCGUGUUUCCUGGAUUGGAUAUACGAGCAUCUGGAGCAAGGAUUCGAUUUCAGUCUUCAAGGCAUCACAAAUGAGGAGGAUAAAGAAAUGGCAAUGAAGAUGAUACUGGUUAGUUUGUGGUGCAUCCAAACAAAUCCAGCAGACCGCCCUUCCAUAAGAAGAGUGGUGGAGAUGUUGGAGGGAAGCAUUACCUCCUUGAAGACUCCACCCAAACCGGUUUUCUGUCCCCCAACCGAGUUCCCUCAGCUGUUCUCUACAUCAUCAGUUACCACAGAAAUUUGAUGCAAGAAAGGGUCUUCCUUCCUGUUGUUUUCUCCUAAUCAUUGCUGGAAAUCAUAAUUUUAUUCAAGUUAGCUUUCCUUAUUUGAAGUGCAUUUUGUUUUGUUUUUUAAUCAAAAUGUUGUAGUUUCAAUAUGAUGUAUGAGAAGGGAUUACCAGAUAGGGUGGCCACUCUGCUACAAUAAUUUUAGGCUUCAAAGCAUCAUAGAAAACCAAUCCAAAUUGUAACCGUGCUUUUAAACAGGCUUCAUGUUUCUUCA